AUGCAACAACAACUUCCAUCUCCCAAACAAAAAAAAAAACAAAACGACGAAAAUUAAAAUCCUUUUACUUUAGGAUUAAAAAUUCACCAAAUUCUAGUAAUGUGGGCCCCCGCCCUUCGAAUGACAAUUCUUCUUUUAAUAUCCAUAAUAUCAGUAUUAGUAAGAGUAUAUUCCGUGAUUCGUUACGAAAGCAUAAUCCAUGAAUUUGACCCCUGGUUUAAUUACCGAACCACAUAAUUUCUUGUAACUAACUAAGAUGGAAUAUACGGGCUUUGGAAUUGGUUUGAUUCCGAAUCUUGGUAUCCAUUAGGUCGUUCUGUUGGAGGUACAUUAUAUCCUGGUCUAAUGGUUACCGCAAGUUCUAUAUAUUGGAGUUUACAUAAAUUAUAUAUGCCAGUUGAUAUAAGAAAUGUAUGUGUAUUUUUAGCUCCAAUAUUUGCUGCGUUUACAAGUAUAGCAAGUUAUUUGUUGACCAAAUAAGUAACAGGAAAAUCUGAUGCUGGCUUAUUUAGUGCUUUGUUUAUUUCCAUAGUGCCUACUUAUAUGUCUAGAAGUGUUGCAGGUUCAUAUGAUAAUGAAGGCGUAUCGAUUUUUGCUUUAAUUUUAACUUUUUACUUAUGGUUAAAAUCCGCAAAUACAGGUAGUAUAUUUUGGUCCUUAAUGUGUUCUUUAAGUUAUUUCUUUAUGGUAGCAUCAUGGGGAGGCUAUGCUUUUAUUACAAACAUAAUUCCAGUUUUUGUCAUAUUUUUAUUAAUCACAGAUCGUUAUUCAAAUAAAAUUUAUGUGGCCUAUAAUGUAUUUUAUAUUCUUGGAACCUUACUAGCAAUGUAAAUCCCUUUUGUAAGUUUCCAAGCGAUUUAUUCUUCUGAACAUAUGGCAAGUCAUGGAGUAUUUAUAUUUUUAUAAAUACAUGCUUUUAUCAAUUUUGUAAAAGAAUAUGUUAGUUAGAAAGACUUUUAGCUUUUAAAAAAAUUCUUUUUAAUAGGAAUAUCUAUAAUACUUCUUGUUACUUUCAUUUUCAUGCUAAUUACAGGCAAAACAAAAUGGAGUGGAAGAAGUAUGACAUUAUUAGACCCUACUUAUGCCAAAAAAUAUAUUCCAAUAAUAGCUUCAGUAAGUGAGCAUUAAGCUACUACAUGGUCUUCCUUUUUUUUCGAUUUGCAUUUUUUGACUAUUUUUGCUCCUGUAGGACUUUAUUAUUGUUUCAAAAAACCAAAUUAUGGUAAAAUUUUUGUCGCUAUAUAUCUAGUUUUGAGUGUUUAUUUUGCCUCAGUUAUGGUUAGACUUUUGCUAGUUUUAGGACCUGCAGUUUCUAUUGUAGGAGGUAUAGGAGUUAGUUGGACAGUUAGAUUGUUCACUAAAUCUAUUAGGAAUUCUGUUUUGGGAACUAAAAGUUAGAAAAAACUUGCUGAUCCUAUUAUAUCAUUCUUUGGUUUACUUCUUAUCGCCUAUUUAGUUAUUAUAUAUAUACUUCAUGCUAAUUUUACAGGAGCUGAAGCUUAUUCUUCUCCUUCUAUUAUUCUCUCAAAUAGAGACUAGUAUGGAAAUAGAAGAAUUAUAGACGAUUUUAGAGAAGCUUAUUAUUGGCUAAGAAUGAAUACUAAGCCUGAUGAAAAAAUACUCUCUUGGUGGGACUAUGGAUAUUAAAUUACAGGAAUGUCAAAUAGGACUGUACUUGUAGAUAAUAAUACAUGGAAUAAUACACAUAUAGCAACAGUAGCUAUGGCACUUGCAAGUAGUGAAUCUGAUGCUUAUGAAGUUUGUGAUAAAUUAGAUGUUGAUUAUAUAUUGAUGAUUUUUGGAGGAUUUUCUUAUUUUUCAGGAGACGAUAUUAAUAAGUUCCUUUGGAUGGUCAGAAUUGCUGGAGGAGUAUAUCCUCAUGUCAAAGAAGAAGAUUUUUAUGGGAAAGGAGGACAAUAUAAAAUUGAUGGAUAAGCUUCUAUUACUAUGUAAAAUUCCUUAAUGUAUAGAUUAAGUUAUUAUAGAUUUAAUGAAAUUCUUACUGCAAUAGGUAAACCUAAAGGGUGGGAUACUGUUAGAAAUUAAGAAAUGGGUCUAAAAAAUUUUAAAUUAGAUUACUUUGAAGAAGCUUUUACUAGUGAAAAUUGGAUAGUUAGAAUUUACAGAAGAAAACCAAGAAAAAAUAGAGAAGGAAUUGUCUUUUUAUCUAAAAAUUUAAUGAAUUUCCCUUAAAAUUUAGAUGAGUUUAAAGUUUCAGUUGAAAUUUUUGAUGAUCUUAAAUAUAAAUAUAAGGUUAUUUAAAGAAAGAGAAAAAUAAUUGCUUAAUGA